AUGCAGGGCCGCGACGCCCCUCGGGAUGAAGUCGAAUAUCCCUUCAUGACGGCCAAUCCCAGCAGCAAGGAGCGAAAGAAAUCGUUUGCACCUAAGCCUCAUGGGUUGCCUUCCCUCGGCGAAGAAGAGUCAAAUGCGACGAGCGUAAACCAUGUUGCCGUCGAUGUACUCAAGGUGGCCACUCCUGCCUCGGCUACGAGCCCGAUCGAACCUGGCGUUUUGAGUCCGGCAGAAGCUCGAUCUUUCCAGUUCUUCCUCCUCAAUACUGGACCCCUUCUAAGUCAAUUCUCUCCGGAGCCUCAGAAGCUGCUGGAAGCCAUCAUAAGUUCUGCUUGGCAUUGCAAUGCGAGCAAAAACCUUCUCAUCGCCCUGGGAAUGACCGAUGAAUGUCGUUGGACCGAUGCCCCAUCGCUGCCGCAAGACAAUGGUUGUGCUAUCUCUUACAAGACAGCGACCAGGUUUUAUGAUGCUGCAGUAGGACUCAUGGCCAGAGAGAAGUAUUCCAUCUCGGAUGUCUUGAUUGCCAGUAUACUGGCCGCAGUCUUUGAAUUAGCUCACGGCGAGAUCCAAUAUGUUGGGCUACACCUUGAUUCAGCAGUGAAAAUUGUCCAGAGAGGUGAAGGAGAUCCCAAUCACGACAAGUCUCGGUCCUCGCCCGAAGCCAGCUUCCUUCGGAUGAUAUACAUACCUACUCUUGCUGCAUGUCAAGAAUUUCACCGCUCAAGGACAAUAUUUUCUUCUGGAAAGUUAACCGCACCAACCUGUGAUCGUCAGGCCGUUACUAUGUCCUCGACUUUACCCAGCGAGUUCUUGUCGUCGGCCGAAGCAGCUUGCUCCAUGGGGAAAUGCUUCGACUUGCUCCAUGCUGGCAAUCUGUCGCCGGCUGGGGCCGUCUUCUUCAGUCAAAACUGGCUAGAAAGGGCCCGGAGAUUUCACGUCGACACGGCUGAUCUUUCGGCACAGAGAUGGGCGUUGUUCAUCGUAUAUGGCACUAUGGGCUCCUCGAUCGAGGUAAUAUGUGGUGAGCUGACGGAAGCUGAGGCACAGACACGGUGGAACUUUAUCAGCUGUCAAGUUGGGAAGAUAUCAAAACCUCCAGGCUUUGAUGGUCUCGUUGAAGUCCUGACGUUGGUAAGCAAAGCUAUGGGCUGGUAUUGUAAGCGUAGCGAGCCCCUGAAAGCCGCAAGGCGAGUGCUGGAAGAGUUGCACAAUCGUUGA